GUGGCUGUAGCCGCUGGCUGGAGUUAAAGAGACAAAAGCGCUUUGUGUGCUUUAGAGCCGAAAGGAGCCGAAAGGGGCUUAAAAUGAUGAAGAUUUCAGUGUGACGGCGGAUAAACUGCCUCGCCGGUCAUGGAGACGCCUGGUUCCCAUCACCACCACUGUAAAGACGUCUGAACCGUUUCACACCAAACCCUCUGGAUCUCUGAUUACACCUCACGCACUCAACUAUGGGGGAAUUUUGAAAAACACAAUACAGGAGCUGGUGGAAAUCAGACUUGCACCCCAGAGACUCAACUGUGAGGUAGUUGAGCUUCCUGUCCUGCGGAGUUUCAGCCUUUUUAACCUGCCUUUUCCCUCUCGGUUCUCACAGAGUGUGAAUCAGUGUGUCUGUCUCUGCUGUGUGGUCAGAUAUGAAUGUCCUUCAGUCCACGUUCAUCCUGUAACUCCACCUGCUGCAGCUAACAGUCAGACAGAAUGGACGAGACCGAACUGAUUGGGCCCAAAGUCCUAGAGGAUUCUGCAUCACUCAGCACUAGCGUUGUUGAUGGCCUCAAAAUCGAAGAUGACCAGUACUCGGCUCUGAGAGAGGAUCUGGAAGCUGAUGCUCGGGACUUCUACUCUCCAACGUGGAGUUUAGCUGUGGAUCAGCAGUACGUAAAGACUUUUACCAAAGACGCCAUCAAGAGACAAGAUGUCAUUCACGAGUUGAUCCAGACGGAAAUCAACCACAUGCGGACGCUGAGGCUGCUGUUGGGGGUCUAUUCCCGUGAGGUGCGGGAUUCUCUGCUGAAGGACGAGGUUCAGCUGGAUCGUCUAUUCCCGUGCCUGGACCACCUGCUGAGGGAACACCAGAACUUCCUAAACCGACUCAAGCAGCGACGCAAGCAGUACAUGGAACCGGGCAGCCAGCAGAACUACUGUAUAAGCAGGAUAGGAGACGUCCUCAGAACUCAGUUCUCAGGCGAGCUGAGGAGCCGACUGCUGGACGGGUAUGGUGUCUUCUGCAGUUGCCACACAGACGCAGUGAACUACUACAAAGAGCUGCAGCAGAACAACAAGAAGUUCCAGAACUUAAUGCGGAAAAUCGGUCAGUUGGCCAUUGUGAGAAGGUUAGGAGUGCCAGAGGGGAUCCUCCUCAUAACACAGCGCAUCACCAAAUAUCCCGUCCUGGUGGAGAGGCUCAUUAAGAACACUGAAGCUGGUACAGAGGAGUACGAGGAUCUGGUGGCUGCACUGGAGUGCAUAAAGGAGACCAUAUCUCAGGUAGAUGAGCAGGUGCACCAAUACGAUAAGCUCCGUGAGCUCGUCUUCCGUCUGGACCCCAAAACGCAGGGCAGGAUGGGGAAUGGUCAGGUUAUACGCAGAGAAGACCUGAUUCAGCAUGGCAGGAGCGUGCUGCGCGAAGGCCUGCUGAGCUGGAGAGCAUCAAACAGGGCCAAAGUUUCAGAUGUUCUCGUGGUGCUGUUGUCAGAUUUCCUGCUGCUGCUACAGGAGAAAGAUCAGAAACUGAUUUUUGCCUCUCUGGAUGGGAAGCCUGCGGUCCUCUCUCUGCAGAGGCUGAUAGUGAGGGAGUCGGCUCAGAGCGAGAAGAUGAUUUAUUUGAUCUCCACGUCCGAUGAACAAGCCGACAUGUACGAGUUCCACGCCUCGUCUGAAGCAGAGCGCAAAAGCUGGAAAGACCAGAUCUGGCAGGCCAUCGAGUGGUUUUCUCUUGCGGCCGAGGAGGAUGACGCCGACGGUGUGGGUCAGGACGAUGGUUACUCAGAGAAGCUCCGGGUCUAUCACGGUGAGCUGUGUGUGAAGGAUGCCCAGAUUGCAGAUCUGCUGCAGCAGAAGCUGAAACUCUUCAGUGAAUUCGUGGAGGUGACGGACAGUUCGGCUCUGCCCAAAUGCCUGCUGCUGACCGGCAGCGCGACUCAGCUCCAGCAGGGGGAGCAGCUGCUCCUCAGCGCUAUUGCGGAUGCGGAGGGGUUGCAGAACUUGCUGCUGGCCGGUGAGAGUGACUUACCAUCUCCAUCUGUGGACAUGAGGCUGUCGCCCAGAUCAAACACCAUCGCAGGCUUCACUAAAAGUGGUGGUGGGAAUCAGGACGGUUUUAGGAACCGGAACCAGAGACCCAACUCUGAUCCACACCUCAGGGAGCUCUACCUCGACAACCUGGAGCUGUCUGCUGAUGGUGAGGUAUGGAGCUCUCCUCUACAAGCCCACCUCUCCAGACACCAGCUCGCUGAAAGGGUGGCGAGACUGACGCAGAAGCUCUACAGCCUUCAGGCCGUGGUGGCUCAGCAGGACAGCGAAGUGGAGCUGAACCGUGCCGCGCUGGCCGAGCGUCCAGCUCGUUACCGCGUUAACGGUCUAUUGCUGCAGGAGAAGCAGCGGCAUCUGGAGAAGCAGCGUGAGGAGCUGCAGCAGCUGCAGAGGGUCUACAACCAGCAGAAGCAGGAGCAGGAGCAGUGGGAGCAGGAGCGCCAUCACCACCUGCAGCAGAGCCAAGCACUGUCGCAGGAGCUCAAGCAGAGGCAGGAGGAGUGCCAGCGGGAGGUGCAGCGACUGGCCGUGGAGCGCGAAGCCUUGAUCCGCAGCAGGAAAGAAUACCAGGAGGACCUGGAGCGACUCCGGGACGCUCACCGCGAUGUGGAGAAGAAGAGAGAUGAGCUAGAGCAGAAGGAGCAGCAGCUGAACCAGUACAAAAAAAACACCAUCCCCAACCACAGAGCCUCCUUCUACCACAGCUCCACUCAGGGUGUCCCUCACUUCUCGGUGGACGACAUGUACCUCAGCCCCAAACAUCGCAUCAGUCCCAGCCGGCCCCAGACUGGCGUAGAGGAGCGCCCCCCGCAGGUGCCCCCUCGCAAAGAGAGCAUCGCCAUCUCCCCGGUCAAAAAGGACGUUCCCAUCCAGCUGGUCAGCACCACCAACCAGUCGCUCAAACCCAGCUCGGUCCAGCAGCAGAUCCCCACCAAACUGGCCGUCAGCAAGGGCAAGAAUAAAGAGAGGGGCAAGACCAAGAACACCCACCAUCGCACCAACAGCGCAGCGUCUAUAGAAGUGUCUGCUGUGGUGCCCAUUAAGGGGAAGGAGGGAGGCAGUCUGAGAGAUCCACGGUCCCCCAGCCGCCUACCGCUCUCUACAGAUAUGUACACCCCUCCGGAGCAGGUGCUGAACACGAAGCCCCCGUUACACUCGGCAAAGCCUCACAGCAGCCGAAAGCACAGCCACGCCUCCGCUGCGAACCGGCCGGCCGCUCACAAAGGGAAGGACAACGGCACCAAGGAGGACGUCUUCUACUGCUGAUCCUCCACCGCAGCGCCAGGACGGCACCCCGCGUCCUCUGCUCAGCGGAGCAGGCAGGAAAAAAGAGAUUUUUAGUGUUUGUACAGACUGAUUUUAAUCUGCUCUGACUGUUUGACUCCUGGAGCUGCCGAGUGGUCAGUGCAGACCAACUGCGGACGGACGCCUUUAAUCUCCUCGAACGAGGAGCUUCUGCUUCCCAGGGGCCCAGUUACAGCUUGGCUCCAGCAGCUGUGGUAUUCAUAAGAGUAAAGAAACACCACGGCGUUGGUUCCACGAUCAUCUGUCCGGCUGUGGACCUCUGUCCGGUCACAGUGCCGUUCUUGUACAUGGCUGUAUAGUUUGUGAAUAGUUGAUGAGUCGGUGAGUCAGAGGUGGUUUUUAGGAGGUUUUACUCUGCUGUCAGGGAAAGUUCGCUGCCUUGCGUUCGCUGUGUGACGUCUGUACGUUUUCCUCGGAUUAAGUGAACGAAGACUCGCUGUCGGAAGAGAAUGUUGGUUUCUUUGGGUGAAUGAAGAAAAAACUGCUGUUCCUCUGUUUCUCUGUGGUAAGCGGCUCUUUUCAGGACUUGAAUACAUUAUUUUAAUCACUGGUCUCUCUGAUCUGAUUUGAAGUCGUUCAGUUUUGCGCAGGAAUGUUUUAGAAGUUUUUCAAUUAUGUGGGGAAAAAAUGACCCUCGAUGGUGCAAACCAUGAAAUACAGCUCUGCUUGUGAUUCUGUGGUCAGGAAUUAAAAAGGGAGAAAUCA